CAGCAGAUCAUGCUAGAUGAAGCAAUAAUCUGCCAAGGACUUACCACCCGGACGAGGCCCUGGUAAAAGACAAUACCAUGACGUCAUGACCGGUAAAAUAGAGAUACCCACUUGUGACGUCACAUUCCUGUUGCUAAGCUGCUUAGCAAUCGGCGAAGGCGGAGAUGAUCAAUCUCUCCCCUGACAUUUACUUCUUUUGUUUAAAUCUUCGAUUACCACAAUGAAUAUCAAGUUAUUCUUGAUAUUUGUGGUAAUGAUGUGCGCCAUGCACCAAGGGCCUGCUGUAUAUCGGGACCUUACGUGCGUGGAGCCCGAGCCAGGAUAUGCCAAAAGAUUGUUUUAUUAUUUCAACGCUGGAGAAAUUGAGAAAGUCUGUCCAACGGUUGCCGAUCUGACAUCGCGAAUUGGGAAUGAGGUAUUCUGUAAUCUGCUGUGUGUGCUUCUAACUCUGCUGUUGGGCUAUGCGCUGUUGAUCGGAAAAGUCGUGAAAGAGAAAUGGUCAGCCGCCGUGUCAAUGUUCCAAGAAUGGAGAGCUCGUGCUUCCAUCUGCCGUCACUGCGGUACUGCCCCGUGUCAGGUUAAAAGGAGAUCCUUGUGGAAGCCCUCCGGUACUCGUAAGAAGGACAAGGCGAAUUUGGCAAAAAGGUCAAACGCCAUGAUGUUGUUUUACUAUGGACUAGAGUUGUCCGUGGUACUGACCAAAGAGCUGCCAUGGAAUGACCUGUACUCGGAGAGGAAGCUCGUCCAGCAUUUUGAGGAGGAGCAUAUUGUAUUGUUCCCAGUGUGCAUCCAGCGUCAGAUCAACUACUGGUACCCUGUCCCUCGCUAGAUUCGUUGUUCCGUUCAAAGAGAAGAGUGUGGAGGGCAGUCGGUGAUGGAAUAGAAAUGUGAUUGACGUCACAGCCUCGAUUUGGCUGUCUUAGGGUUUUUGUCACGAUUAGUUCCAAUAGGAAUGGUUUUUGACCAGUGAUACAGUGUAAUUGUAUUGUUUAUUGUAUUAAUUGAAAUGCCCAGGUGUAGCUUUGUGGUUGCAGAUUGUUAGUGAGCUUAGGUCAAAUAUAUAAAUAUUCGUUUUUUUUUAUUAGAUUGGUAAGUUACAAACAUGUUUCAAUUGAAUUACAAACAUGCACAGUUCUGUCCAUUUUUUUACUGGUCAGUUUUGCUUUUGUGUACUUUGUGUA